UUUUAAUGAUUUGGUCAUUUUGAACUUUGUGUGCUACAUCUAUGAUAAAAAAAAAUAGUGCUAUCUUAGAAAAUUUCUUUAUAGUUAAUCAUAUAUAUUUUAUUUUAAUGAAGGCUAUUUUUAGAAAUUUUUAAUUUGGGUGUUUUUUCGAUAAAAAUUUGUGUAAAUGUUAAUUGAGGGUAUUUGAUUAAAUAUAUCCAUUUGUAUCUGUUAAUUAUAUAUUUAUGCUAUCUUUGAUAUUAAGUUUUAUAAAACAUUAGAUAUUAAAAUAUUCUUAAUAAAUUAACAUUCCCAAAUACACUGAAAAACCUUUUGUUGUAAAAAAAAACAUUCCCAAAGACAUUCUUCCAAUGUUGUUGACCCAACCCAAUACCUUAUGCAACUUCUAUAAACGAUCCUACAAAUUCCUAUCCAACGUUUAACUUUUGUCCGUCUCUUUCCUUAACAAACAAAAGAAAAGAGUUUUCGAAUUUUAACACAUUAAAUUUUAAUAAUUGAAAAUAGCACAUAAAUUAAAAUGUAAAACGAAUAAUAGGCAAAAAUCAAUGAAAUAACUUAGUUCGUAUAUUUCUAUUUUACAAGUUUUGUAAUGUGGACGUUGAAAUAAAUUAAAAGAUCAAUGAACAUGCAUCAUGUAUAGGGGGGAGGGGAUCUGGUAUGUACCCUCUGGAAUGGCAUAUACAUAGGGGGAUCAGAUAAUAGAUUUUAUGGAAGUUUCCAUUGCACUAAUACCCACUUAUCAACAACUCUUAUAAACUUUUAUAUAUCAAAAUCACACUUUACCGGAACGACCAACAAACCAAGUGAAAAGCGAACAAUAGUGCCUCAAUUCUCAAAGAUGGGUUUGGUUAAAGUUCCUUCCUUUCUAGUGGUGAUUCUAUUUCUCAUCAAUGGUGCUUCCUCCACCACUUUCAUUGUCGUUAACCAAUGCAACUACACCGUCUGGCCAGGACUUCUCUCUGGCGCCGGAACCGCUCCCUUAUCCACCACCGGUUUCUCUUUAAACACGUCCGAGUCACGAGUUAUCUCCAUACCUGCCUCCUGGUCCGGCCGCAUAUGGGGUCGCACGCUCUGCAAUCAAAACGCCACCACCGGGAAGUUUACUUGCGUCACAGGCGACUGCGGCUCUUCCCAAAUAGAAUGCUCCGGCGCCGGAGCCAACCCUCCGGCCACACUAGCCGAAUUCACACUCAACGGCUCCGACAAUCUUGAUUUCUUCGACGUCAGUCUUGUGGACGGUUACAACGUCCCCAUGAUGGUCGUUCCUCGCGGCGGAGCUAAUGGAGUCGGUAAAUGCAACGCCACGGGCUGCGCGGCUGAUCUCAACGGCGUUUGUCCUGCUCAGCUGAAAGUAACGGUUGACGCAGUGGCAGUGGCGUGCAAGAGUGCUUGCGAAGCGUUUGGAACGCCGGAGUAUUGCUGUAGCGGCGCGUUUGGAACGCCGGACAAGUGUAAGCCGAGUGAGUACUCUGCUUUCUUCAAGAAAGCUUGCCCUACGGCUUAUAGUUAUGCUUAUGACGACGGUACAAGCACCUUCACUUGCUCCGGUGCUGAUUACAUCAUCACUUUCUGUCCUCCUCCAAGGUAAAUUGUUUAUUAUUUUUAGGAAAUAAGGAAAUUAAUUUAGAGAAAAUGACUAGGAGAACACUAAAAAAUGUUUU